AUGGCGCCUGCUAACUUCCCUGCGUCGAUGCACGCGACGUCCCAGGACAUUGAGAUGCUCCUGGCCGCCCAGAGCCACCUCGGCUCCAAGAACCUCCAGGUUCACAUGGAGCCCUACCUCUGGAAGACCCGAGCUGAUGGUGUCAACGUCCUGAACAUCGGCAAGACCUGGGAGAAGAUCGUCCUUGCCGCCCGUGUCAUCGCAGCCGUCGACAACCCCGCCGACAUCUGUGUCAUCUCCGCCCGUCCCUACGGUCAGCGUGCCGUCCUGAAGUUCGCCCACCACACCGGUGCCGUUGCCAUUGCCGGUCGAUUCACUCCUGGUUCCUUCACCAACUACAUCACCCGAUCAUUCAAGGAGCCCCGCUUGAUUGUUGUCACCGACCCCCGCACAGACGCCCAGGCCAUCAAGGAGGCUUCCUACGUCAACAUUCCCGUCAUCGCCCUCUGCGAUACCGACUCUCCCACCGAGUACGUCGAUGUUGCCAUCCCCACCAACAACAAGGGUCGUCACGCUAUUGGCUGCGUCUGGUGGAUGUUGGCUCGGGAAGUCCUCCGUAUCCGUGGUACCAUCGCCAGCCGUGAGACUCCUUGGGAUGUCAUGGUCGAUCUUUACUUCUACCGCGACCCUGAGGCCGAAGCAGAGGAGAAGGUUGAGGAGGAGAAGCUGCCCGGCGCCGAUGAGGUUGGUCCCCAGGCUAUCGAGACUGGCACCUUUGCUGCCGGCGGCGAGUGGGAGGCUGCCCCGGCUGGCUUCGCUGGUGCCGCUGGUGCCACUGCUACCACCGGUGGUGCCCAGCCCGGCUGGGAUGGCCAGGCCGACGAGUGGGCUGGUGCCACUGGUGCGCCGGCUGGCGAGUGGGGAGCUACGGAUGCCAAGGAGAACAACUGGUAG